AUGAAUGUAAGUUGUUCAACUAAACUUUAAAUUAAAUCAAUAAAAAUCACCUUUUUUUGCAGAACUCUCAAGUUAAUCAAAUGAACGUCCCAGAUAACGCUGGGACAACACCAACCGCUGCUCAAGAACAACCCGAGCUUCACCUUCCGCAGCCAGCAACUCAACAGCUACAAGAUUCAGCCUUGUUUGAUGCGGAUAUGAUGCGCGAAUUGGCUCGACAGUUGGAAUUGCAACGUCAAAUCAAUGCUGUCAUCACCGGUGUUCCAAUCGCUCCUCCUUCGCCGCUUUUAUCCAUCGAGGAAAUCAUAAAUAUGUUGAAUCCCCGCAACAACUCGGACAACCAAAUAACUGCUGAAGUUGAUCCGAAGAUCGCAACUGAUCCUGAAGUUUUGACCGAAAUCUUGGAGGAACCGCCGAUUGCUGGAAAUAUGACUGAAGUUGAUCCGAAGAUCGCAAAUGAUCCUGAAGUUUUGACCGAAAUCUUGGAGGAACCGCCGAUUGCUGGAAAUAUGAUUGAAGUUGAUCCGAAGAUCGCAAAUGAACCUGAAGAUGGUCAAGUUGAUGCUGUUGAUAUGAUUCCAAUUGAUAAUUCAAAGAUCGCAACUGAUCCAGAAGCAUUUGAAGUUUUGACCGAAACGCCGACUGCUGGAAAUGUGACUGAAAUUGAUCCUGAAGAUGGUCAAGUUGAUGAGAACUUGAACGGAAUCUUGGAAGAUCGCGACGAGGAACCGCCGAUUGCUGGAAAUGUGGUUGAAGUUAGUUUUUUUUAGUUAGAAAUUUCUGAAAUUUUCGAGUUUCAAAUGAAUUUUCCAAUGACUAAAUUAACCUAAAUUAACCUGAGCAAUGUCUGAAAAAAACAUUGCUCAGAUUAGAAUUUUAAUAAUUGGGUUCUAACCUAACCUGAGCAAUGUUUUUUCAAAUGAAUUUUCCAAUUUUGUUCUAACCUAACCUUAGCAAUGCCUGAAAAAACAUUGCUCAAAUUAGAAUUUUUAUAAUUGGGUUCUAACCUAACCUGAGGAAUGUUUUUUCAAAUGAAUUUUCCAAUUUCGUUCUAACCUAGCCUGAGCAAUGCCUGAAAAAACAUUGCUCAGACUAGAAUUUUUAUAGUUAAUUUUUUACAAAAAAUUAUCUUACCAUAAUCAAAUUUCUCGUUCCAGGAAGUGACCAAUUCUCAACAACAACAAAACAAUCCUGAAAUCGACGUUGAAGAUAUUGAAGAUGCACGAGAUGAUGUCGAAAAUGGUGGCGAAGAUCAACACGACACUCCAUAUAGCCCAGUUCGUACAAAUUCAUCGAAUGUUUCAUCCAGUCAAUCUUCUCCGAUCUCAUCAUAUGGACCACCAUCUUCGCCAGUUCCACCAGAAGAUCCUUCGGAUGUGCAUAUUUACAUCGAAUCGGUGAAUGAUGGAAAAUACAAAUUGACCAUUUUCAAGGAACUGUUCGAAGGGGAUGUCAGCAUUCAAAUCGAUUCCAAUUCGAUAACAGCUGUUGGAAAAUUGAAACAAAACGAUUAUGUUGAAAUCGCUUCGGAAGGCAUUGGAAUUUUAUCGCAGUAUAUGUCGAUGUCGAGAGCGACGCACGCUGUUCGAUUGAAAUUGAAGAGGGAAUUGGAAGCAAAGUUGGUGAAUUAUAAAGGAGCGCGUGUUUCAAUGGAAGCAUAUAAUAUUCUUGUUGCGCAGGACGCGCUUUCGGCGUUCAAUGAUAAUGAUGAUGAUGAUGAAGCUCCGCCUCGACCACGUCAGCAACGAAAACGGCGAGCUUCAGAUCUUCAAGCUCCGAAUCCGAAGCGUAGACGAAUUGCUCCAAAGCCGAAGGUUCGACGAGCCCGACCAGCUCGAAGACCAAGUCCACCAGCAAUAAUCGCACCAGCAACACCUCCAAUGAGAUUACCAGCUAGGUUGGCAGCCAGGCAAAAUGCUCUCAAUCAAUUGAAUCAAAGUCUGAGUUCGAUAAAUUCAACAACACCUCCUCAAGCAGCCGAUCCCUCGAAUAUUGUUAAUCAAAGUCCAAAUUCAUCAACACCACCUCAAGCAGCCGAUAUUUCAAAUAGUGUUAAUCGAAGUCUGAAUUCCUCAACACCUCCUCAAGCAGCCGAUCCCUCGAAUAUUGUUAAUCAAAGUCCAACAAAUUCAACAACACCUCCUGCAAAUCUACAGAAUUCCACCGAAAUCAAAACAAUUGAAGAGGCGGAUGAAGAAUUGGUGAAAAUCGAGACGGCUUUGAAGUGGCGAAGCUUCGGCUUCAGAGGAUUAGACAUAUUGACGCAACAUAAAGCGUUGAUUCGAUUGGUGAAGGCCUACAAAUCCACGCCAACUCCUGUCAAGCUUCAGAAGAUCCUGGACAAGACAACGUCUUUGAGAGAUGAUGUGGAGCAAUAUGCUCAAUAG